UGCUCAGCAUCGAAGGUGUUAAUUUAGUUUUACCGCGGGUAAAGCGGCAGCAUAUGGGCGCCUAUCUUUGCAUAGCAUCGAAUGGUGUGCCGCCAUCAGUGAGCAAACGAAUAACGCUGAUUGUACACUUCCCGCCAAUGAUUACAGUGCAAAAUCAGCUAAUAGGCGCAGUGGAAAGUAAAGGUGUUACACUGGAAUGCCAAUCCGAAGCUUUUCCUAAGUCAAUUAAUUACUGGACGAGAGAACGCGGGGAUAUAGUGCCACCAGGUGGCAAAUAUACAUCGAAUGUUACAGAAAUUGGCGAAUAUCGCAGCUCAAUGAAAUUGCACAUAAAUCCCUUGACGCAAGCUGAAUUUGGCGCAUAUCGUUGUGUGGCAAAAAAUUCAUUGGGCGACACUGAUGGCACCAUAAAGUUAUAUCGAAUACCACCGAAUGCUGUGAAUUAUGUGGAGAAUAUCGAAGGACGUUACAAAGGUGGCGGCAAGAAACGCAUCAAGAGCUCAGAACUCUAUCAUCAGUCGAAAGCGUCCGAAGGUGGCGAAAGCGAGGAAACAGAAAAUCCCGGCAAACGAAAAGAUAUGAUACUCGGCAAUGAAUUGGAGGAUGGUUACUACGAUUCUGCAGCUGCUGCAAUACAUUGUCAACAAAAUAAAUUGACACAGACAACAGUGACGCUGCUGUUCACAAUAUUGUUACUGUUUAGAAAAGUCGAGUUGCUGAUAGACGUCUGACAGUUGCUGGCUGCUGAGCGGUUGAUGCACUGAUGACAUUGUGGUUGCGGUGUACGAGUAGCUGUUAAGACUAACAGGAUAUACGGUUAGCUGGUAUGAAGUGUAUAUGGAUUUUUAGAAGUAUGUAAAGUUAGUUGUAUCUGUGCGUAAAUUUUUCUUGUUAAGUCAUAUAGUGCAUGUUGAAGUAAAUUGUGACGUACAUACAUACUUGAGUACUCAUUAAGCAAAUAUAUUCGUAAAACAUGAAUGCAACAAGGGAAAUUUAAUGAAUUAAAAACGAAAAAUAACAUAUAUUAAAACAGAAAAUCAGCUAAAUCAAAGUUAUAAAACAGGCCUACAUAUUAUAAACCAAUUAGAUAAAUUAUAAUUUUUGGUGAACAUAAAAUGUGUAUGAGUAAGUAGGUUAAGGAUAAUACGGCAAUAUAGCUAUACAUAUAAUAUAAUAUAUAAAACAGUAAAAUGCAUGCUCUUCCUCUGGAAAUUUGACAGUUUUCACAAACUCGUCCGCAACAUUAGUAAGGGCAAUCUCGGGCUAGUGCGAAACAAAAAUUAUUUUCGCAAAGUAUUUAGCUCUCAACAGACCGAGAGCCAACAAAAAACUCCUAAUGGGCACUUUCGGGCAGCCUUGGGCAAAAAAACAGACCUAAUAAUUCAAAUUUCGCUAAACGAUGUAUGUGCCAAAUAUAGUAAAACUGUGCUUGUACUUUUUC